AUUGCAUAGAGCCGAGAGAGAGAGAGAGAGCGGUUAUGGGCAUUGGAUCCGUCGCCAAGAGCUUCUGAUUUCUGUCUCUUUCCUUUUUAGCUUCAUGUUCACUGAAUUGGCUGUGAGAUGUCAAAUUCGGAUUUGUUCGACGCCAAAGAUGACAACAACCAGAAGGAAUUCGAGGGUUCUUCAAAAUCAAGGCCCACGUUUGAAGGGUCCGACAUAAUUCAAGCCACGGCCUCAACGGAUAGGUCUGAUCCAGAGACGGCGCCGUCUUCCGGGGAGCUAAAAGAGCCGGCGAGUUUGGGAGAAUUUGAAACCGAUGAAACCGACGCCGACAAUGAAGGGUUUAGAACUCCGACGUCCUCGAAACACAAAAUCCCGGUGCUCAGCCGGUGCCCGCCCGCGCCCAAGAAGCUCCGACCAUCUCCCUCCGCGAAGAGAAAAGCGUCGCCGCCGCUUCGCCGGAGUCUUGAGCCUGAUCUCUCAAAAGAUGUCGAAUCAGUGUUCCGUCCACAUAUUGCAGAAGAUUCAGGCCGAAAGAUGAAGCGAGCUCGAAGGGACAAUUCAGAAUCAGAAUGAAUUGAAUUAUUUGUCAAUAUGCCGUCCAUAUAUAUAUGUAUAUGCAUCUGGGUAAGAAAUCAAAACCUUUUUCUCACCAUUUCCAUUUCUGAAAGGCGAACUUAACUUACAAAGAUUACAGUGAUGAAUUGGAUCAGUACAUAUAUAUUAUGAAGGAGGAAUUUGCAUGCAUCUAUUUAAACUUCGCCUGUAAACAAAAAUUAGACGAGAAGAUAUAAAUUAAAAUUCUUAGUAUUUCAGUGAC